GCGGCUGAGGGAGGGCCCACAGAGCCUCUCGGAGCCUCAGUGAGAGGACCUGCCUGCGGCGUGAGCCCAGAGCCCCAGAGAUGAGGACCCUGGCCCUGACUCUGACCGUCGCCCUCGGCCUGACCUCGGCCCUGCAGGCCCAGGACAACCUGUCCUUCCAGGGGCCGGAUGUUUUGGGGAAGUGGUUCAUCACGGCCGUCGUGGAGACCGAGGGCCUCACAGGGGACAGGGUGUUCCCCAUCACGUUCUCCGUCCUGAGCGACACCCACGUGUGGGCCUCCACAACACUCAGGACCCGGGGCUUCUGCUACGACGUGGACGUCGUCCUGGAGAAGACCAGCGGGUCCGGCACUUACACCGCCUCGAGGGGCAAGACCCACGUGGAAGUGGAGGAGCUGCCUGCAGAGGACCACCUCAUGUUUUACUGUGAAGGGCCGUUCGAGGCGGGAAGGUUCAGAGCAGCCAAGCUCUUGAGUAGGAAUCCCGACGUGAACCCAGAGGCUCUGGAGGCUUUUAAGAAAUUCGCACAGCGCAAGGGCUUGUCUCCGGAGGACAUCUUCACACCUGAGCAGACGGAAAGCUGCAAGCCUGAAAGUGACUAGGGGCAGGGGGCACCAGGCUCCACAGCAGCCCCCGGCAGCGCCAUCAGGACCCGCCAUCCUGCGGGACAUGGGAGGAGCCCCUGGACCCUGGGCCUCCCCACCCCCUGCUCCCCUGCCCCGCUUUCUCGCCCAGCCCUCCCUCCCCUCUCCUGGCUUCAAAUAAAAGGCUUCAGCGUC